AUGGGCCUGUGUAAAGUCAGUAAAUUACAUGUAUAUGUGAAAUGGUUGUGCACAUUAGUGGAUUUUUUCCAAAUAACAUUUGUAAUUGGACAUUUGACUUUUACUUUAACGGGAUUCCACAGAACUUUUCUGUCCAAUUUUGUUGCCAUAAUUUUUGAUGAGUUAAUACCAGAUGAUGUUGUGUCUUCUUCAAUAAGAAAAUCUUUUUAUGGAUCAUUGCAUUUUGUAUCAUCGUUGAUUGUUAUAUUAGGUGUACCACUGGCUCAAAAUAUUGGAUAUUAUAAAACCAUAAAAUGGAGUUUUAUAUGGAAAAUAUUUGCUGGUAUAAUUAUGUUUAUGCUAGGACGUCAGUAUAUUAUAAUUAUGAUGAUUUUUAUCUUAGUAGAUAGUGCCUUUGCAUCAGCAGCAGCUAGUUUUUUCAACAUUCCACUGUCAGAAAUAGCUGACUAUGAUAUGUCCAAGUAUGGACGAAGUCAUCCGAUAACAUCCAUGGUAUAUGGAACAAAUGCUCUUAUUGUUAAACCUGCUCAAUCUCUAUGUCCAAUGUUAACAGUAGCCAUUUUAAACAGAUAUGGUUAUGAAGAACAUAAGACUGGAAAACUUGGUCUACAAGGUCUUGAUUCUCUUAAAGAUACAAUGUUUUUAUUAUUAUGUGGUUAUUCUUGUAUUUUAGGUAUCAUGCAAUUAAUUAGUUGGUCUAAGUAUGUUUUGAAUACUCAAAAGUCCAGAGAAUUAGUUAUUAAUGGUCCAUCUCAAUUUUAAUACUUGUUAAAUUCUAUAUUAUACCGAGAAUAAACUAGUCUGUAAACAGUAACGUCAUUUCAGUUUCACGACACUAUACUUAAAAUUAACCAAAAAUCUAGGAAGUUAAAAUGGCAUGAUUCUGGGGUCUCAUCUUAAUUACCACAAAAGCAAUAUCCUCACAAUCAUGUAUACAGAAGGCUGAAUAUGAAAAUUGUGGCCAUUGACGACAAUAUGGACAGUGACAGAUAAUGGGUCCUACUAAUCACUGUCAAUAUUGCUCAAAGUAAUGCAAAAAGUGACAAAAUUUAAAUAAUUUCAUAAAAAGUUGGCAUUUAUGGAUAAGUAAAAUUGAUAUUGAAAAAAAAAAAAAUGUUAUCUUGCCAGUUCUUGUCUGUGGCCUGCAGGACUGUUUUUGUCAAAAUUUCAAUCAUCCAUACUUUUUUCAAUUUUUAUGAAAUGAUUUAUAUUUUGGAUAUGAUGUGUAGAAUAUCUAUAACAUAUCUUCCUUGUAUGUCACUUUUUGCAAUACUUUGGGUGCUACUGACCAAAAUACGCUUUAUCAGUGAUUAGCAAGGCCUUUUUUUGUCAAUAUUUCAAUUAUCCAUAAUUUUUUUCAAUUUUUUAUACGCCCACAUUUUCAUGUGGACGUACAUGUAUAUUGUCGUCGCCCAUGUCCGUCCGGAUGUCCACAAUUUAUUUGUGGACACUCUACAGGUCACAAUUCUUAUCCGAUUUUGACGAAACUUGAAAUAUAGGGUUAUCUCCAAAAGAUCUUGGUUCCUUUCGAUAGAGGUCACAAUUUUCAUCUGAUUUUGUGUUCGAUUUUUGUGAAAAUCGGACCAAAACUGCCGGACAAAAUGGCCACCCUUUGUACACAAAUAGUGUAAAUAUAUGGUAUAUCAAGGUUGUGGACCCUGUAGAGGCCACAAUUUUUAUCUGAUUUUGAUGAAACUUAAAAUUUAUGUUUAUAUCACAAAGAUUUUGGUUCCUUUCGAUAAUCACGUAUAUCCGAACGUAACUUCCUGGAUUAUGGACCCUGAUUGUACGAAAAAUCAUUUUUUAGCUUGUGGUCCCUCGUAUAUAUCCCCGUUACACCAAUAAUGUUGGUUGAGCUGGAAUUUCUUGAAAAUUGGACCAAAACUCCUGACCAAAAUUGCCGCCCCUCAUAUUAAGAUUUUGGAACCUCUUAGAGGUCACAAUUUUGAUCCGCUUUUGAUGAAACUUGAAAUACAUGUUUAUAACUCAAAGAUCUUGGUUCCUUUCGAUAUUCGCGCAUAUCGGAUUGUAACUUCCUGAAUUAUGGUCCUUGAUUGUACGAAAAGUCGCGUUUUUAAUUUAUGGUCCCUGUAGAGGUAACAAUUUUUAUCCGAUUUAAGAAAAAAAUGUGUGAAUACACACUAAGAUCUUGGUGCGUUUUGAUAAUCAUACAUAUCCGAACGAAACUUCCGGGAUUAUGGCCCGGGCAGAUUGUUCGAAAAAUCGCAUUUUUAGCUUGUGGAUUCUCUAGAGGUCACAAUUUUUUUUCCGAUUUUAAAAACUGUUUAAAUAUAUCACCAUUCCACCAUAAUGAAGGUUGAAUUUGAAUUUCGUGAAAAUCGAAAUGAAACUGCCUGACAAAAUGGCCGCUCUUUGUACGCAAAUUGUGUUAAAGUAUAAAUAAAAUAAAACCAAGUACGAACAAUCCAAACCAUUAAACAAAAUUCGAAGUCCUAAAAAAAAAAAACGGUAUCGGCAAAAUAGUGUAAUAAGGCAAACCAAGGUUGUGGACCCUCUAGAGGUCACAGUUUUUAUCCAAUUUUGAUGAAACUUAAAAUAUAUCUUUAUAUCCCAAAUAUCUCAGUUCCAAAUGGCCGCUCUUUGCACAGAAAUUGUGUAAAAGUAUGUAAUACGAAGGUUGUGGAACCUCUAGAGGUCACAAUUUUUAUCCGAUUUUGAUGAAACUUAAAAAUAUAUCUUUACCGGUAUAUCCCAAAGAUCUCGGUCCCUUUUGAUAUUUGCACAUUUUGGACCAUAACUUUCUUGAUUAUGGCCCCUGAUUGUACAAAAAAUCGCUUUUGUUUUUAGCUUGUUCUCUAUCCAUCUCUUGCAAAAUGGGGGCGCAUCUUACAUGGCAAUCACUUGUUAUGAAAUUUGUAUGACUAGUUUCCCUUUUAAUGUACUCAUUAGCCAAUCUAUGGUUUUUUGUUUUAUUUUAAAGUACUUUAUAACUUAUCUAUAUACAUACAGUGUGUGGAGUGUUUUGAAGCAAGUUUAUAAAGAUAGUCCUAUAUAUAGAUUUGCAAUAAUAAAAUGUUUUAAUUCGCAAUAAUAAAAUAGAUAUAUAAUACUAAACAAGCCAACAGUGAGGCUGAUGUCCCCUGCCGAAAUCCCCAAAUAAAUAGAUGACACAUAUUAAUUAAUCGCACAUCUAUUUUUUUUCCAAAGUAUCAAGCAAUCAAACUGAUUAUCAACUAUACACUAAGUUUCAUCACUCUCUAUCAGAUAGAAUCAAAGUUAUCUUGUCCCAAAGCAGGAAAUUGCUUAUCUCUGCUUAGCUUUAGCUCGAUAUGUUAAUCAUUGAACUCAGUCAAGACGAACAUCUACAUCAAGUUUAAACAUUCUACCUCAAUUAGAAGAAGAGUUGUUAUGUUCCAAAGUCUUGACCAAUCAAACUGCUUAUUGCUCGUUAGCCUAAGCAGAAAAUUCUCAUCAUCAAACUUAGUCAAGGUAUUGAUGUAAUGAAACUAUAUACCAAGUUUCAUCAAUCUCACUUAAUUAGAACCAAAUUUAUUGUUUUCCAAAGCAUCAACCAGUCAAAUUGCUUAUCUCUGCUUACCCUAAGCCGAAAAUGCCGAUCUUCGCACUCCAUCAAGGCAUUGUACACCAAGUUUGAACAUCCAAGCUUAAUUAGAAGGAGAGUAAUUGUGUUCCAAAGUCUCGGCCAAUCAAAUUGCUUAUUGCUCCUUAGCCUAAGCAGACAAUUCUCAUCAUCGAACUUAGUCAAGGUAUUGAUGUAAUAAAACUAUACACCAAGUUUCAUCACUCUCACUUAAUUAGAACUAAAGUUAUCGUGUCUCAAAGCAUCAACCAAUCAAAUUGCUUAUCUCUGCUUACCCUAAGCAGAAAAUGCUUAUCUUCACACUCCAUCAAGACAUUGACCUAAUAAACACCUACACCAAGUUUGAACAUUCUAGCUCAAUUAGAAGGAGUGUUAUUGUGUUCCAAAGUCUCGGCCAAUCAAAUUGCUUAUCGCUCUGCUUACCCUGAGCAGAAAAUGCUCAUCAUCGAACUUAGUCAAGGUAUUGAUGUAAUGAAACUAUACACCAAGUUUCAUCACUCUCACUUAAUUGGAACUAAAGUUAUCGUGUCCCAAAGCAUCAACCAAUCAAAUUGCUUAUCUUUGCUUACCCUAAGCAGAAAAUGCUUAUCUUCACACUCCAUCAAGGCAUUACCCUAAUAAACACCUACACCAAGUUUGAACAUUCUAGCUCAAUUAGAAGGAGGGUUAUUGUGUUCCAAAGUCUCGGCCAAUCAAAUUGCUUAUCGCUCUGCUUACCCUGAGCAGAAAAUGCUCAUUAUCGAACUUAGUCAAGGUAUUCUCACUUAAUUAGAACUAAAGUUAUCGUGUCCCAAAGCAUCAACCAAUCAAAUUGCUUAUCUCUACUUACCCUAAGCCGAAAAUGCUCAUCUUCGAACUCCAUCAAGGCACUGACCUAAUAAACACCUACACCAAGUUUGAACAUUCUAGGUCAAUUAGGAGGAGAGUUAAUGUGUCCCAAAAAGUGUGACGGACAGACAGACAAACGGAUGGACAGACAGACAGACGAACCCAUUUUAAUAGUCCCCUGCUUUCUUCGAAAGGCGGGGGACAAUAAUAAUAUUGAUUAACAGUACUUCAUAAUCAAGAUACAAGUUUGCUUUGAGUGAAAGGAUUUAAAAAAUCUGGGAUUUUUUAGAAUAUUGUCUUUGGUUUGAAGACAAGUAAUACUCUGUUGACUUCUGCUGUCUUCUCUGUUUAAGAUGUUUAUAUGUGUUUACAAAAACAAUUUUUGGUCUAGAAUGGUUAAUGUUUAUAUUUAUUAUGAAAUAAUAUACCGGUAUAUGAGAAAUAA